GACAUGGAUGAAGAGCUUUUGAACCUUGGGCUUGCCGUUGCAAAUGAUUCCAGUGGGAAGAGCAAACGGAAGAGAUGGGAUGAUUCAAGUUCUUUGCAAUUAUGUCAAGACUAUGAAGGUAAGGUGAUUAGACUCCUCCACAUGAGGGAACAAAUGUUAAGAACAGAACCCAAGAAGGAAGAGUCAGUGGAGGAUGACAAGGGUCUCCAUUUGAUCCAUUUAUUGCUCAUAUCUGCAGCCACUGAAGUUGAUAAGAACAAAUUUGAUUCUGCCAUGGAGGAUGUGAUUGAAUUAUACAGAAUUGUAUCAUUGACAGGUAAUUCAGUGCAAAGGGUUGCAGCUUAUUUUGCUGAUGGUUUGGCUGCCAAACUUCUAACCCGGAAGUCUCCCUUUUUCAACAUGAUCAUGAAAGAACCCACAACAGAAGAACAGUUCUUGGCCUUCACAGAGUUCUACCGGAUAUCUCCUUACUACCAAUUUGCACAUUUCACAGCAAACCAGGCAAUCAUUGAGGCCUUUGAAGAGGAGGAAGAGCAGAACAACAGAAGUUUACAUGUAAUUGAUUUCAACAUCUCCAAUGGGUUCCAGUGGCCUUCUCUAAUUCAGUCUCUUUCAGAGAAGGCAACCAGUGACAAUCAAAUCUCUCUUCAUAUUACCGGCUAUUCGACAAGCUUGGAGGAACUGAUCCAAACUGAAACCAGACUGGUGAACUUUGCAAAGGGUUUCCACAAUCUUAUAUUUGAAUUUCAAGGGUUACUAAGAGAUUCUAUACCAAUUUGCAGUCCAAGGAAGGAUGAAAAUGAGACAGUUGCAGUGAACAUGGUCUUCUAUCUCCACACCUUCACAACUUCAUUGCAGAUUUCAGAUACUCUAAAGUCUGUAUAUUCUCUUAAUCCCUCCAUUGUUAUACUGGUAGAACAAGAAAGUAGCCAAAGCCCACGUAGCUUCUUGUCCAGAUUUAUAGAUUCUUUAAAUUAUUUUGCAGCCAUGUUUGAUUCGUUGGACGAUUGCCUCCCACGAGAGAGUUCCAUGAGGUUGAGCAUUGAGAAGAACCAUCUGGGUAAAGAAAUAAAGAAAAUGAUUUACUGUGAGAAAGAUGAUGAGAACUAUCAGAGACAUGAGAGGUUAGAGACAUGGAAAGGAAGGAUGGAGAGUCAUGGGUUUAAGGGAUUCAAUCUAAGCUCUAAGUCAUUGAUCCAAGCGAAGCUGCUUCUGAAAAUUAGGAGCCACUGUUCUCACCUAGGUGGAGGUGGUGGGUUCAGAGUUUUUGAGAGAGAUGAAGGAAAGGCACUUUCACUUGGGUGGCAAGAUAGAUAUCUGAUAACAGCUUCGGCAUGGCAUUGCUUAUGAUCAUAGAUGAUGAUCUUCUAACAUAUUUAUCA